AUGCAACAACUACCAAAAGAUCAUCCAGAAGUAUUUGCAGCAUUUCAAAAAGGGCAUCACGUCAUGCGUAGAAGCGAAAGGUAUUGGGCUGGACUGUCCUCCGAUUUAAUGAUCGAGCAAGUACUUAUGCGAAGUGUAAAAACUGCAGGAGGUCUAACAAGAGGUCGUGGUAUGGGUGAUGUUCAGAGGUCACAAUGGUUGUUGUCGAUGCCAGCAUGUGGAGAAAUGAACCAAGCUGUGCAAGAUCUAACAGGUAUAGGAUAUCACACAAGUGAGCAACACAAAGAAGAAUCUCAGGCUAGACAAAAACGAGAUAAGGAUGACAUACUAACUGUUCUUUCUUUCAUAAAAGAUCGGGACCCAUUUAAAGGGGAUGAUUCCCUACGGAACAUUGAAAAUGGUAUUACAGCAGACAGUUCUGUAAAUGCAGAUAGAGCAGAAGAAGUUGGGAAAGGAAUUAUACAGUCUUUAGUAGGGAAAAACAUAAUGGACUAUACCUUCCGUAAAAAACAACAGAUUAUUACACUUGGCAACAAAACAAGCGUCAAAAUAGAUGGUGAACUUGUAGAGGUGGACCCACAAUUAUUGUUUCAACGAUGCACGGCAGUUGCAAAUACGCUUUUCGACGACAUAUCUGUCAUCUUCCAAUAUGAGCUUUGUAGCGUUCCUUCUUCCCUUUUCGAUAACAACGGACUCCCAAGAGAAGCACGUAAAUCUGUUCUUUCUGACUCAAUUUGGAAUUUGGUAAAAGGUGAAACUACAGAAAUAAACACAGAACAUGUUAAGUAUGUUUUAGAUGGUGGAUCGCUAAUACACCGCAUACCGGGUAAAGGGACAGACUUUCAGUAG